AUGUUGAAUGAAGAAUUAUUACCAAUUUGGUUAGAUCACGACUGCGGACAUGAUGAUGCGUUUGCCAUGUUAUUAGCAUUUCAUUCAAAAAUAUUUAAUAUUUUAGGUAUUUCAAGUGUUCAUGGUAAUCAAACAGUUGAUAAGACUACCAUUAAUGCAUUGAUAACAUUGGAAAUCAUUGGUAAAUCAAAUUGUGGUUAUGAAGUUGUCAAAGGUGUUAGAUCACCAAUGUGUAGACCUGAACAAGUAUGUUCUGAAAUUCAUGGUGAAACAGGAUUAGAUUGUCCAACUGCUGAAUUACCAAAACCAACCCAACUACCAAUUACAGAUAGACCUGCAAUUCAAGUUAUGUUUGAAAAGAUAUCAAAAUUCUAUACUGAUAAUCAACAAAAACAAAAAGUUAUAAUCGUUGCAACAGGUUCAUUAACAAAUGUUGCCUUGCUAUUCGCAGUUUACCCACAAAUAAAACCAAUGGUAGAAGUCUCAUUAUUGGGUGGCUCAAUUAAUUUUGGUAAUAUCUCACCAGCUGCAGAGUAUAACAUUUUAGUGGAUCCUGAAGCUGCAAAAGUGGUUUUCGAAAGUGGUGUCAAGGUCAUUAUGGUGCCGUUGGAAUGCUCCCAUAAGGCAUUAGUUAAUGAAAAGAUUUUAGAAAGAAUUUCAGAUAUUGAAAAAGCAGAUGGUAAACAAACUCAAUUCAUAAAGAUUAUCAAAGGUUUAUUAUUGUUUUUCGCAGAUAAUUAUAAGAGUACAUUCGAUUUUGAUCAUCCACCAUUACACGAUCCAUUGGCUGUAGCUUAUUUAAUUGAUCCAACCAUUUUCAAAUGUAAAUUAAUGAGAGUUGAUAUUGAAACUUCCUCUCAUCUUUGUUUGGGUAGAACUGUUGUAGAUUUAUUCAGUAUGUCAAAAUUACAAAAAAAUGUUCACGUUUGUACUGACAUAAAUGUCGAUAAGUUUUGGGAUUUAAUGAUUAAUGCAAUUGAUAAUUGUUAUAAUCAUUUAUAUAAAUCAAAUAUUUUAAAAUAA